AUGGCACAGCCUAACAGUCCUCAGUCGAUACAAGCGAUUCUAGCAGACAAAACGUGGUUCGGUUUUGACCUUGAUGAUACUUUACACGAAUUCCGACGCGCGUCUUCGGCCGCAACCGCGAAGACACUUGAGGCAAUAUCUGAACAGCAUGGACUCCCUACGGACGCCUUGAAGGAGGAAUACUCGAAUAUUCUUCGCGACAAAACUCUGAAUGCCUUCUCAGAUGGCAAGACCUCAUUUGAGUACAGACGAGAGCGUUUCACGACCUUAUUAGAGCGCUUUUCGAUCGCUCAGGACGUUGAGUUGGUUGAUCGGCUCCUUGAGAUAUACGAAGAUGCUUUGACACACUCAUUGCAACUCAAAGACGGUGCUUUGAGCCUUUUCGCAACUUUGAAAGAGAAGGGCAAGAAGGUGGCUGUGAUUACUGAGGGGCCACAAGAUGCACAAGAAAGGACGGUGAAACAGCUCAGAUUGGCGGGAUAUGUCGACUUCCUAGCCACCACCAACUUCUUCCGAGUUUCCAAGACUGAGGGUCUAUUCCUAAGAGUUUUGGAGCACCUGGGCAUCCAACCUUCGGACAUGGUUUACAUCGGAGAUAACCCAGUCCGCGAUACGGUGCCAGCGAGGGAAGCAGGUAUCUUUUCCAUUCAUUACAACGAGCAGGCAGAAACCUCUUUGGAGGGGCUGUCGCCACAGGUGAAAUCGUUGGCGGAGAUUGAGGCCUUCUGUGAUAUAGCCUCAUAG